AUGCCGUCUGAGAUUGCUCAGACGCUGCUGCAAGAAAAGAAGACUCACACGCCAGUCCCGACCGCGUCCAUCGGUACGAAGAGGAAGAUCAUUUGCUUUUCUGACUUCGAUGGCACCAUUUUCAUGCAAGACACCGGUCACAUUCUCUUUAACAACUUUGGCUGCGGCUCGGAGAGGCGCGAGUUGUUGGACAAGCAAAUCACUUCUGGCGAGAGGAGUUUCCGUGAUGUGUCGGAAGAGAUGUGGGGAAGUCUCACCGUGCCUUUCGACGACGGUUUCGAGCUUAUGAAGGGCGCUCUGGACAUCGACAAGGACUUCAAGGCGUUCCACGAUUUCUGCUUGAACAACAACAUCCCCUUCAACAUCAUCUCGGCCGGGCUGAAGCCGGUGCUCAAGCGGGCGCUGGACCACUUUAUUGGCGAGGAGGCCGCAUCGAACAUCGAAAUUGUCGCCAAUGACGCGACCAUCUCGGCCGAGGGACGGUGGCAGCCGGUGUGGCGCCACGACUGCGAACUGGGCCACGACAAGGCCAAGUCGAUCCAGACGUACCGCGAGGGUGCGGCGCUGGAGAGUGAGGACGGGACGAUCCCGCUCAUCAUCUUCAUCGGAGACGGAGUCAGCGACCUUCCAGCCGCCCGAGAGGCCGACGUUUUGUUUGCCCGGCGAGGCCUUCGGUUGGAGGAGUACUGCCAAGAGCACAACAUCACCUACACGCCAUUCGACUCUUUCGCGGACAUCCAGCGCGAGGUGAUCCGCGUUGCACACAUCGACGAGGAGAAGACUCGUGGCGAAGGCCUACCUGCAACUUUCAACCCGCGUGCGAACAUGUGGAGGAGAGUUUCCAGCAAGGCGGCGGUGCCGAGAUCACUGGUGGCCGCGACCCCCAACGACGAGAAGAUGUUCAUCUGGCCCGAGCACUUCACCGAGCAGACGUCCGCCAAUCCCGAUACUGCCGUGAUGGCGUGA